AAUAGUGCACUUUGAUCCAUCCAUUCAUGUUAUUGUAUUUCCACUGUGUACGUGUAUAUAUUUGUAUUGCACAUAACAAUAGUGCACUUUGAACCAUCGAUUGAUGUCAUUGACGUGUGGACACAUUGCGUUACUCAGGAGCAAUCGACCGCUCUCGCAAGAGCAAUUGAAGUAUGCGGCGUUAGAUGCGGUUAUUCUGAUACCGCUGUACUAUGAGCUAUGCCGACAAGCCUCCGAUAUCUCGGUACAAACGAGCCCAAAGCUCGCAAACAGGACAACCCCAAUCAGGGCGUUGGACCUCAGCUGUACGCCCGUAGUGCCCGCCUGGUUGAGUGAGCACGUGUUGGAGCGAGAGAUGCAGGUGGGUAUGAACACUCGAACAAAUGAAACAAAGAAGAAGAAACGAGUUCACACCGAUGUAAGGCCCAUGAAGUUGCGUAUACGGGACACCAACGGCAGUAUACUUAAAGCGUUGACGGCUGAUGUGGAUGUGUCUCGCAUGUCUGAGCUUCAUCUACAAGAGUCGUCGUAUUCGUGGACGGAUAUGUAUGCUGCAGCCAGUGAACUCUCUGCUCUGCGCUCCGCCACGAUCAGAGAUGCAGUUCACAGAAUCGGGUGGGGACCACCUGUGGGUAGAUGCAUUGGGCAAUCCGAAAUUUGUCUGCGAUGCCCAGUCUGAAGGAUUGGCGAAGCAACUGCGGAGUGUUGGUAUCGACGCUGCCUUCAUUGGUGACGACGAGUUCUUCGCGUCGUUUGUGGCUAAUAAAAGCAGGCGAUGCUGUGAAAUGGGGUUCAACGUAGCUCAGAAACAGUACGCCAGGAGUGCAACCUCCAAUGAAAACAAAGCUAAUUGUUUAUCCACCAAUAGGAUGCGGAACAAUAGUGCUGCGUGUUCAUCCGCGAGUGAAGCCUCGGCUAUGGAUGCGGACUAUAUACCUACACAAGUACAGGUACAAGCAUCGGACCACGCACACACAUAUAUACAAAUACAACCCAACGUGCCAAGUCAUAUUCGAUCUCACACACCGAUAUCACCGAACGCCAGGGCACAAGAGCUUACUCCCUUACACACACAACCCAACCCCAACACACACGAACAGACAUACACACACACACACACACACGCACACACACACACGCACCCACCCACCCACACACACACACAAACAAACAAAUCCGAGGGCGUGCGAACAACAACACUUCCAGACGGACACGUAGCAGCCCAUACCCACAGCAACGGACCACAGCACACCACUGCGUGUAUGAAUGUCAACGGACGGAUGCCCAAGAUACGCAACCGCAAGAACGGCACUUACGAGCACGCACCACUCCCCGUGCCAGUUGUACCGGCCAAGGGUCGGACCAAGCACAGUAUAGCGGAUAAACACCGCGUGGGGGUGUACACGUGGCGGUGUCUGUUAGCGGUAGCCGCAAGGGAGGGCCGGAUUAUCCUGACACAGCACAAAGGGGUAGCGAACGCGUGCCAUGCGGCUGUGUUGAGUGAUGUACGGGCAAGGGUGGAUGGGGAAGGUUCGGUACCUUUGGUCCCGAAAUGUGAAUCGGAUACUAAAGCGGGACGGGGGAUUGGCGGACAAAACAACGGGUCGGUGGUGUAUUACGUCAGGGCUGAUAAUAAGAUACAACAGCGGAAGGAGAUAGUGACAGCGUAUGGGUUGUGCAUACGAGAUGACAUGCUGUUGACACGUUGUUUGAAUUGCAAUGGAGAGUUUGAGGGUCCGUUACAAGCCCGGGAGGUUGUCGAUGACUUGCCGUGCCACCGAGUGUUAGAAACCCCAGGCCGUGCCUACUACAGGUGCACGGGGACGUGUCGCAGUGCAUCGUGGUACGGUUCUCAGUUUGCAUUCCAUGUGCGGAAGUUGAAGAGAGAAGGAGUGGCUCCCACUAACUCCGAGGUGACUUGAGCGGUGAUCUAUCAGCAUAUUUUAGCUAGAUCAUGCUUACGAGGUCAGAUCUCGUCUAAUAGUGAAACUAAUUAAAGGCCAGAUGUCCUCAAUUAGUUAAACUAAUUAAAGGCCAGAUGUCCACUAUUAGUUAAACUAAUUAUAGGCCAGAUGACCUCUAUUAGUUAAACUAAUUCAGAUGUCCAUUAGUUACUAAUUUUAAAAUGUCAGAUGUCCUCUAUUAGUUAAACUAAUUAAAGUCAGGCAUACACUCGACAGUCGACACA